UUUUUGCACUAAAUCUCCUCUUCGGUUACAAAACCCAUAACCAAUUAUUAUCACCGAUAUCUUGUUGCGCUCAAUCCCCUCUUCGUUACAGAAGUAUAUUAGUGCUCUUCUUCGGAUUGUUCUUCUCCAUUGCGGCGACAGGAUUUGCUGAAUUGAAUCCCUUUGAUCAAUACCCGGAUAAUCAGUUUGAUGCGAUACGUUUCAAAUGUUUCCCUAUAUAAACCUCAGCAGAUGUUAUCAUCUUCCUAGCUUUCUCCAUUUCUUUCUACCGGGUGCUCUCUGAAGAAUAUUAGGUAAUGCCAUCCUUCCCCUAUAUUGAGAGUGAUGUUUAUAAUAUCGGGUCUACGGAUGAACUCACACUCACAUGUGAAUUUUUAGUUAUGUGAGAAGUGAGAAAAGCAACCCUUCUUAGAAAAGGUAAUAUUCUUUCAUCUGUGAUAUACGAUUAGUCCAUUUGACACCAACCCACACCCGGUAAAGAUUCGUGUUGGUGAUAGACAUGUAAGUUUUUCCUUUGGUUUCAUUUAGUGAAUGAUUUUCUUGAUUUGGUUAUUUUUCUAAAAUAUUAAAUGUAACUUUCACGUAAGUUGGACCAUCAAUCUUAGGUGUAAUCGGUUUUUUCUUGAUCGAAAGGACUCGCCAAAACUCAUAAAACCCAUUAGCCAGUGUAUGGAAGUGACAUUAAAUAUCUAGAAUACACCUGAAAUAUCCAUCCUUACCCAAACUUCUCAAAUUUGUCUGGGCAGCAAAGUAAGUGCAUGAUGCAUUUGCACUCCGUAACCAAUUUUUUUUCCUAAACGUCGCUUCUAUCACGCUAUAUUAGUUGCAUAGCUUGAAAAUAAACAACUCAGACAAGUGGAUUGGCUUGACCCUUCCUUGGCUUCUAUUCGUUAUUUGUUGUCGUAGUAUUUACAAUUUCAUAUUAAAUCCAAGAAAAAUUAUGAUUGAGAUUGUGUUUUGUAUAAGGACUUCGGUUCAGGAAAGCUUAGAGUGAGAAUGAUAUCUUACUUUCUCCGGCAACUCUUCUGCAUAUACUGAUUGUUAAAUUUAAUUUUUAGAGAUGCAUUUAAAGUCUAUUGAAUGUUAAACCGAUGCCAGUCCCAGGCUUAGAAUGUUAGAAACAAUGAUAAAGGCCAAAGGUUGGUGUGACUAAUGUUAUUGUACCCAUUGUUACGUAAAUCUUUGCACGUUGUUUAUAUUGUUUGGACUUUGGAAUUUAUUCUAUUUGUUCUUUUUUUCUUUCUACCUGGACAGCCAACCAACAUUUCUGCAAUGUUCAUCUCUAAUUGUAUUUAUACUUAUCUCACUUUUUCUGUUAGAGGGUUAAAAGUUUUUUCCAAGUGCAAUCACUUGAUCUAUAAAAUUCGAUACGGAAAAUGGGUCAUUUGUCCAAAUAUUUUUAAAUCACGGUUCAAAUGGACGGGUAAAAAAUAAUUUGGGUGAAAUGGCAAAAAAAAAAUAGCAAGGAUGAAACUGGAUACAUCUUGUUUAAAUUAAAAAUAAGAAAAAAUAUUUGAAAACAGGCACGAUGAAAUUGGUUACAUCCUGCCUAUUUUUACAUUUUUGGCCAUUUAAACAGUAUCAAAAUUUAACUGUCCAUUUCACCCAGAAAUUGUUGAUUUUGGUUUUUUUUUAACCAAUUUUGUGAAUUCGAUAGUCAUAGUAUCGAACCAUCUCCUUAUAUUGUUUCAAUAUUUGUGAACAUUUUGUCCAUCCGGCCCAAUUGAAAGCCCAAAGGGUUUGUUUGGGUUAAAAGGAUUGAAACCGAAAGUGACUAGGACAGAAAACAUUACAUAUUCGUUAAUUGAGGAAUGAAAGUAAAACUAAAAGGUAAAUGGAUUGCCAAUUGACUAAGUGAAAGACAUUUUUUUUCUGGGAUGAGAGUAAUAUUACCUCCAAUUCAGGAAAAGUGUUAAUUUCACUUUGUCGAUUUGAAAGUGUUAAAAUGAAAAAGUGAAAGUAACACUAUUCCAGAAAUGGAGGGAGUAGUAAUUAUAGGGUGUCUAAAGAACUACAUUAGAGGGAAUUAUUACUAUGUGCAUGUGAACAUAAGUAUUUUGUGUUAGCUUUUCACUAAAAUAUGACUAAUCCAAGUAAGCUAACUAGCUAAUAGUCGGUAAUAGUGAAAACAAAUCAUAGCCCUGGACCAUUACGGCACGGGUCAUUUACUAGUUAGUAACAUAAAAUCCCGUUGGUAGUCAUUAUGGAUUAUUGCCGUUAGGUAUUUAAGAAAAGCUGAUUUCCACCUUUAGCUCAUGACAUUGUGCUAAGUGCCGUAAGUCUGUAAAGUCUAGACCACCAUAUUAAGUCAUCGUUUUUUAUUAGAAAAUUUAGAUUCAUAAUUAUACUUGAGAUAUGAUACCACUUUGUCCAGAAGGAACUGUGCGACUUUGAACUACAAUUAAAAAACGAUAACAGUGGUACGGGAACUUUUUGGUGAUGAUGAUGACAAAGCCUGCCAUGCUGUGUUGAUGACAUUGAUGAGGUCUACAGGGAUGACGGUGUUGUUUAUAAUGAUCUGAUGAAACUUGAACGUUGAACAGUUGAACCCAUUACUCAGCUAUUAUCGAAUAUAUACACAUGACAUUAGCUUCUUCUCUGUAUCACACUAUCACUGAGUUGUAUCGUUCUAUGUAUAUGUUUCAUUAAUAUUUUUAACAGAACAAAUAACAUUUCAUCACCGCUUGACGCUGGCACUAUUGAUUACUUUAUUUAAUUUUUUUGAUUAAUUUUAUAUAUAUCGAUCAAUCAUAUUUUUAUUUCUCUUUGCUCUCUAUCUUUUUUUUCUUUCUUUCUUCGCUCUCUAUCUUCAAAUAAGUAUCUUUUGCUAUCUCACUCCAUGUUCAUUACGAGCUAAAUAAGUAUCUUCUUGCCGGCUUCUAUUCGUUUCCUAUAUCAUUGGUUUUUCUCUGCAAUAAUAUUCCCCCCUCUUCUUCUUCCAAUCGAAAAAAAUAAAGUUUUGUUGAUUAAGAAUAAGAAGUUAUCAAGUAUGUCAAAUAUUAGUGGUGGUCUUCGCAGAUAUCUAAGUGAAUUCAGUUUUAUAGCAAGUGUAGGCCUUAGGAAGUUGUUAUUUUGGACGGUACUUGUUGCCGCAAUUGUUAUACAUACAAGCAAACAAACCGAAGAUGAAAAAACAACCAAUUACACUCACUAUCCCGCUUACAAGUAUCUCUUAUCGAUUCUUUGGGCUGUUUUUGCCUACACUUUCUUCGCAGCCAUAUACGAACUAAUCUAUGGGAAGACAGGAAAGAAGCAUGCUCUUCUCAGUCUCUUAUUCUGUGAUACUAUUAUGCUGACACUGUUAGCUUCUGCAACUGGUACUGCCGGGGCAGUGUUGUAUAUUGGAAAGAAUGGUAACUCACGCGAUGGAUGCUCGAAAAUAUGUGCUGUUUUCGGAAGGUUCUGCAGACACAUGGAAGUUUCAUUUGGAAUGUCGAUAUUCGCAUGUUUUCUCCUCGUAUGGAUUAUCUUAUACUCAGCUGGUGCCAUUAAACAGUGAUUGGAAACCAUUGAAUUUGAUUCCUCAAAUCUUUUGGUGUAAUUCAAGGUGGCUUCUUCACAGUUGGCGUUUUCCAAUUUGGCUUCCAUCUACUGCGGUGGUGCAUUUGCCUCUCGGCAUUAUCCUUUUAAUCAACGGGUAUAUCUUACGUGGGCAAUUUAUAUUGGACCUCUAGUUUGUCCAGCACGGUUCGUCGAAUUCGUAAUCAUCCCUUUUCCUAAUGGAGCCUUUGUUUUUCGUCCUCUCUCCAAUUGCAAGACAUUUCGAGUCUGUUUUACUUCAAUGCAACUCUAUAUAAUUCAUGUAU